AGAAAGAAAGUGAAUUGGCCGUGUUGCCGCGCAACGCGGUGACAUCAUCCAAACGCGGAAGUGGAAUGUUACUGUUACAGUGAAAGUGAAAACACGAGGAACUCAAGUCAUGUUAUCAUCCAAGAAUCAAAUACAGUCCAGCAGCCUGGCCAGAUAUCUAGAUGGAGAAUUCUGGGAGAUUAAACAUGCUUUUCGUGACGCGAUUUCAACGUGUGAACUGUUUCAGUCCAGCAGUUAUGAACUGACUCUGGAUCAGUGCAGAGACCUGACUGCAGAGAGGCUAUAUCACAUGUUAAGACUGCCUUUCAUGAAAGAACACCUUCGAAAUCAGCUAAAAGAGAAGCAAAAAGGCUUCAUAAACAAGAGUUUAGGCAUCACUGAGAUCAUCUGCUCCGCUGACAUGGCCACAGGAGUCAAGCUCGGUGUUGUGUGUGGACUGUACGGAGGUGCUGUCAGUAAUCUAGGCAGUCCAGAGCAGAAGAUGAAGUGGUAUCUCCCUGUUUCAGAGUUACAGUUUACAGGGAUGUUUGCGAUGACUGAGAGGGGCCACGGUAGCAAUGUUCGAGGCAUUAUCACUGAGGCCCGAUACGAUCAAUCCACACAGGAGUUUAUUAUUCACACACCUUCCGAAGAUGCUCAGAAAAUGUACAUCGGUAACGCAAUGAAAGGAAACUAUGCUGCUGUGUUUGCUCAGCUCAUUAUAAAUGGAGAAUCUCAGGGUCCCCACUGCUUUAUUGUACCAAUCCGUGAUCAGAACGGGUUCAUGUGGCCAGGAGUGACGACCAUUGACAUGAAGCACAAGGAAGGUCUGCAUGGAGUCGACAAUGGCAUUUUGAUAUUUAAUAACGUUCGCAUACCACGGGAAAAUCUGCUGAGAAAGUUUGGUUCUGUAUCAGCUGAUGGUUCGUAUUCGUCUCCCAUCCUCAGUAAAAGCAGUCGCUUCAAUGCAAUGCUUGCUGCUCUGACGCCCACCCGCCUGGGUCUCACCGUACAAGCCAUGGCUGCCAUGAAGUUGGGGCUCGUCAUUGCAGUACGCUACAGUCACAGUCGCAGACAGUUUGGCCCAAAGGAUCAGGAUGAGGUGAAGAUCAUUGAGCACCAAACGCAGUAUCUGAGACUGAUGCCACACCUGGCUGCUGCCCUCGCUCUCACCUUCACCACCAGAUACGCUGCAGGUUUGAUGGAUGAGGCUUUGUGUCAGGGUCAGGACCUUCAAAGCAAUCGCACUCUGCAAGCUCUUGUCGCAGGACUCAAAGCCUACAGCACGUGGGAGAACGUCGCGUGUCUGCAAGACUGCCGUGAGUGUACUGGUGGCAUGGGCUUUAUGAUGGAAAACCGCAUUCCGUCUCUGAAGUGUGACUCCGACGUCUUUGUCACAUUUGAGGGCGACAACAUGGUCAUGCUUCAGGUGGUGGUACGAGAGCUGCUGACCCAAUACACCAAACUGAUGGGGAACAACUUGGUGAUGGGACUGAUUAGAAACUGGACCAGCUCAGUGUCAGACAGCCUUAGAACCAGCUUUCUUGGCUUCAGUGUGGACAAAGUAGGAGACCUAAUGUUCCUGCUGAAAGCGGUGAGCUACAGGGAAAGGGUAUUACAGCGUAGCCUGGCAAGUCGACUUUACAAUAAGGUAGAGAAAAACAAAGAUGAGUUUUUCAUGGCCUGGAACGCUUGUUUACAUCACGUGACCACUUUGGCUAUGGCACACAUACACAGAGUGACCUUGGAGCAGUUUGCUCUCGCCGUACGAGAAUGCCAUAUCAAAGAGGACCGUGCCCUGCUCACCAAGUUCUGCCUUCUUCACGGCACUAGUCUGGUGUAUCAGGAGAGAGCCUGGUAUCUGGAGCACAACUACCUGACCCCCAACACCAGUCGACAGAUCCGCAGCCAGCUUUUGGAGCUGUGCAGAUCGGUGAAGGAUGAUGCGCUGAAGGUGGUCGAUGACUUCAACAUCCCGUCCUGCUGCAUCCAGGCCCCUAUCGCUGGAGUCGCCAGUCCCGGGGCCGAAUGGGCCUUCUACCCGCAGCCACAGUCUAAGCUCUGAAAGAGAGAAUGAACAUGGCUUUAUGAGGAUGUGGAAGAACGAUGGAGUGAUUUCAGGUUGCUGGAUGGUCUUUCACAUUGGGUGGGAGUGAUGAGGGACUAACUGGAUGUGGUCAAAGCACUUUCGAAUGCAUAGCUGAUGUUUUAUGAUUAAGCAUCAUGCUUUGUGCCAACAAGAGUGGUAGAACUUGCUGCUACUGGCCAAGGCCUUAAAAAAUUAAAUAUACUAUAGGCACAACACUACUUUUUCCUUGUUCACUCUUAAAAAUAAAGGUUCCAAAGGGACGGGUUUGUAACAAUGCCACAGAAGAACCAUUUUGGGUUCCACAAAGAACCUUUCAGUGAACGGUUCUUUAAAGAACCAUUUGUUGGAGUAAAGAACAUCUCAAGAACCUUAUUUACCAUUCAAAGAAAAUUUUGUCCAAUAAUGUUCCAUGGAUGUUAAAGAUUCUUUAUGAAAGCAAAGAUGCCAACAAAGAACCUUUCAUUGAACAUUUUUUUAAAAUAACUAUUUUUCCUAAGUGUGAAAAACAUCUAAAAGAACCUUAUUAUUACACUAUAAAGAACCUUUUGUCCAAUGGAAAAGUUUAAUGGAUGUUAAGAGCUCUUCAGUGCCAAUUAAGAAGCUUUAUUUUUAAGGGUGUGUGAAGAAGGGAAUUCAAGAAGAAGGGAAACAGGUUCUAAUUUUUUCCCCUUCAUUUCUUCAGUGAUUUUAGCUGAAAGGAUUUCAAAUAAACACCAGCCAUACAGGAAUCAAAAUUCUCCAAACGCACUAAACAUCUUGCACUUAGGUAACAGCUGUAACAGCAUAAAGAAGUGCCAAGAGGCAGUUUUUUUUUGUUGAAUACCGUGUUGAGAAAAGGCCAAAUAAAAUUAGUCAUCACAUGACACUCAGAUAUCAAAUGUUUAUGUAAUUGCACAUAUGUUGAGUAACAGUAACCACAAUAAUAUGUUGGACAGACUAUAAUUUAUUACUGCUGCUAUAGUUUUUAAUGCCAUUAUCAACUGCCAUACAUGUACCUUUAUUUACCAUUUGAGCCGAAUAAAGGUAAACAAUUUAGGUAUAAUCUGCUCAGUCUGGGUCUUCAAAGGGAUGUUCGUUUAUGGUUUUGUCAUACACUAAGUUUAAGGACCAAACUACCAAUUAUCUUAUUCAGGUUUUCUUGAAAAAUGUCCAUAUCUGUUUUAAUAAGUUUUUUUUUUUUGUUUUCGUAAAAAUGUCAGUUUGUUUACUUCUUACUAAAGUCUGCAAACAUCGCAAUUCCAUAAUAUUCUGCAAAUAAAUUGUUGCAUUCCCUGAUAUUUCCAGGCUUUCUGCACUUGUCAAUGUAAACUAAGGGAAGACUGGAUAUUUACUGGAUAUUUAGAGUUAUUUUCCUAAUUGUUUUUGUGUUUGCGUUGUGCAUGUUGUCCUAUUGUGCCACAAACUGUGGAUAAUUUAAUUAAUAACAGAAUAAAAUGUGUACCA